GAGAAAGCUACAGAGUAAAAGGAUGACGUCGAAGCUGCAGGAAAGACGCAGAACAAAUGAAUUGUCUAAAUUCAUUCAAUUCACUGGAGAUUAAGGGACAAUUCACAGUGGACUGAUGAACAUGAAAUGCACUUGAACGAGGAUUGCUAUCCGUGAACUGUUAUGAGGGAAAAAAUCUAAUGCAAAUGCUCAUCAUGUCAAGCUGAGCGGAGAACAUUAGGACAUUAUCUGGAGCAGCGUGACACUUCAAACAUAAAAAGGACAAGCUGCGCCUAGCUAUCUGAAAAAUGUGUGAUUUCAGCAUACUGCCACUGGUUAAAGGAUAUUAUUCUGAAUAUAUUGUGUGCAUUAUGAUGAGAAUGUAAUAUUUGCGCCAUAUUUGUGCAUAGGGGGCUCUAUUCAUCCAGCAACAGGUUUUAUUCUGAUCAUGACUGCACUCAGUCGAAGGUUGAAGAGGUGAAGGGAAAGUCUGCUGCUGUGAUGUUAACAGGUUCAGACGUAAUGCAAUGACACACUGCGAUAAAAAAAAACUAACUUUUAAUCGACUCUUCUUUUUCCAGGUGGUGCACAUCUGGCAAGCUGGCCUCAAACGCUCCGACGAUUGUCCCAACAUGGAUUUUGUCUUUAGCGCCUCCAUUCCUACCAUGUGUCAAGACUUUAACCUGUCGUUCUUCUGCCAGCGUGAGCCGAACUCCACGUCGCCGUUUCCUCUCAACCCACCAAACUUUGCGAUGUCCUACUUCACCAUGACCUUCGGGAUCCUCUCUAAUCUAAUCGGCCUGGCCAUCGUCUCCGCAUCCUACACCCGCUUCCACCACCGAGCGAAGACGCCAUUUCUGCUGCUCGCAGCCACUCUUCUUCUGAGCGACCUGGCAGGACAUUUGGUCACCGGCGCGUUCGCUUUGCACCUGCAUCUCGGAAGGGUCAAGAGGCAACGAGUAGCAAGCAGGGAGGCAAGCGAACCCCCUCAGGUUUUCUGCAAACUUUUCGGUGCCUGCAUGGUCUUCUUUGGCUUGACUCCUCUCCUCCUGGGUAGCGCCAUGGCCGUGGAGCGGUGCAUGGGCAUCAGGCAGCCACUCCAGCACUCUGCUGUGGCCACCACGGCCCAUAUUCGCCACUGUGUCCUCCUGCUCAUCACCAUGGCUUUUACUUUAGCAGCGCUCCCCUUGUUCAAUGUGGGUACCUACACACCUCAGUUUCCUGGUACCUGGUGUUUCCUUCCUGUACACGGUGCUCUCUCGAGUGCUGACGCCGGCCUGGCAUUGGCCUUCUCGAGCCUGGGCCUGGCAGCUCUAACAGUCUCUGUACUAUGUAAUGCUGUGAGUGGGCUGACGUUGCUGCAGGCCAGGUUUAACAACCAAGGAGGAAAACUGACCGCCUCCAGGAGACGCAGAUCGUCUAUGUCAUCUGGGCAUUUGCUGGAUGUGGAGAUGAUGGUGCAGCUAGUGGUCAUAACCGUGGUGUCCUCCGUCUGCUGGAGUCCCUUCCUCAUUUACAUCUCCAUGUCAGUGAGACAGUUCUACAGAGGCAAUACCGAUCCAGACCCGCAGUAUAAGCAGCUGCUGCUGCUGGGUUUGAGGAUGGCAUCCUGGAACCAGAUCCUGGACCCGUGGGUGUACAUCCUCCUGAGGCGGGCCGUGCUGCAGCGAGUGUGUGGUCUGCUUUGGCCCAGCAGAGUCAUUUUAAGCCAUAGCAGCUCGUGCAGGAGUUCAGAGCGACAGGAAAUCCAUUUGCACUGA